CGUGUCUGCCGUGUCCUGCGUGGUUGCUGACGCGCAGACCCAGCGCGGGAUCACACAGCCCUUCUGCUUCCCACGGGUCUUGUUCCUGGCCAGCGCGGGCCUGAGCGUCACCGAGGCCCCCAGGACCCCUGCUCUGUUUCCCUUCUCUUCAUGCUUUGCUCUGAGAAUGGCCCUUUGGUUGGAGCGUCUGGCUGUACAGUCAGUCAAGGGGGUGCAGGAGAAUUUGAAGCGGCAGAGCCCGGGUCCUGGGUGUGGAACCUGACCGAGGAGUGUGACAGGCUGGCCCCGAGGUCCUCUGGAGUCUAGGUCUCUAGCAGCAAUUCCCCGCAUACUUUUCUCCCCAUUCCUCGGGGAAGGCCACACACUAGGGUUGGGGGUCUGGAACGAGGAUCCCUAGGCCCCUUUUGAGUGGGGGUGUCAGGAGUGUUCUGUACCAUGCCGUGGGAGCGGAGCGGCUCCGGUUCCGCCGUCUAAACCGCACGGAGCCCAAGGACCAGAGGGUACAUCAGCCUGGACUUCCCCGUGCCCUGGUCUCUCGGCCCGCCGCAGCCGUCCAGGCGGGCUUGGGAAUCGACCCCCCAUCGCCUUGGACCUUGGAGGCAAGCAGAUUUGUUUAACUGAGGCCUCCUGGGGUCGGGCCCCCGGAGCGGACCUGGAGCUGGGGCGCAGUGGCAGCCCCGCCUCCCGCCCGGGCUCAGGUUUCGACCCGAGAUUAGGUGAACUGAUUGGGGGUUAAUGAGAGCGACGCCGGGGCUCGGUCGUGCUGGCUCGAGGACCCCGGCCUCCUGGCCACGGCUCGCUCGUGCGCGCUCCGGUUUCAUCUUGCUGGCUCCCUAAACCGUUGAUCGCUCUACGGAUUUGGGGCGCCGCAAGAUUGGCAGUCUGUGCACACGCAGUUCAGACUCAACCUCCCUAGGACGAGAUAACUGGUGAGCAGAUCGAAAAAUGCUUCUUCCCGGGACACAGUUGCCCUGGCGGGGCCUACGGGGUCUGGGAAGCUUCACAGCGGUCGCUCCCCUGGCCAGGGCCCGCACCACCGCUGGUUUUGAGGCUGACUUUUUCCAGUGGGCGUUUCUCCUGGGGCAAGUGUCGGUCCUUUGCCACCCCCCUCACUUUCCUGCCCCUCUGGCUUCCUGCCCCUCUGCUCCAGCCUCAGCUGCACGCAGUCCUUCGGUCCUGCCUAGUACGCCCCUCUUUCGCUUCUGUUUGUCCCGGGGCUCUUGGAGGUCUUGGCUCCACGCGGCUUCCGGGUGCCAACCACUGCAGCAACCUCACCGCCUAAACUAAGCUAAUCCAACGAGUCCCAGUCGCUCUCCGCAGCCCCGAAGGGAGCUGGCGGGCAUUGCAGGGUUGCGUUGGGAUAACGGGCCAGUGGCGGACUACCGCUCUCUGGAGAGGGAUGGGAGAGCUUUGCUAGGGAAGGGGAGGGGCUGGGGCGUGGGCAGGGCCGAGCCAAGGGACCCGAGCCAGAGCCCGGGGACAGGUUUUACCACUGAGCCGUGGCAGUGGCAGCGGAGGCCCGGACUCGCGCCACCUGUCCGAGUGCCACCUGGUGAGCGCGGCGCCUGGGGGCCAGGCCCCUCCUCCCGCGGGCCUCCCUCUCUUCUCCCUGGCCCGUGCUCUCCCUUGGCCUGGGUGCGGUCUACAGCCGCCCUCCUCGCCGACCCGCAUCUCCACCGGUCCUCCCCUCCUCUCAGAACUUGGAGCAACCUCAGGCUGAGGACCGAGGGUCCAAACGUCCAUCGAGCGGCCGGCCACCAUGCCGCGCUCCUUCCUGGUCAAGAGCAAGAAGGCGCACAGCUACCACCAGCCGCGUUCCCCGGGGCCAGACUACUCCCUCCGCCUGGAGACCGUGCCCGCGCCGGGCAGAGCAGACGACCCCGCGAACGCAGGCCAAGCGAAGGUGGAACCCCGAGACCGUUCGUCCCCCGACUCUCAGCUAACCGAAGCUGGCGACAAAGCCUCCGCGUCCCCCAACAGCUGCGAAGGCAGCGUGUGUGACCCGGGCUCCGAGUUCGAGGACUUCUGGAGGCCUCCCUCUCCCUCGGUGUCUCCGGCCUCCGAGAAGUCGCUGUGCCGGACCCUGGACGAAGCUCAGUCCUACACCCUGCCUUUCAAGCCCUACGCGUGGAGCGGCCUGGCGGGGUCCGACCUGCGGCACCUGGUGCAGAGCUAUCGGCAGUGCCCCGGCCUGGAGCGCAGCGCCGGCCUGAGCCUCUUCUGCGAGCGCGGCGCCCCCGAGCCGGGACACCCGGCCCCGCGGUACGGCCCGGAGCCGGCCGCGGGCGGAGCCGGUGCGGGGCCACCCGGGAGCUGCGGCGGCGCCGCGGGAGGAGCCACCAGCGGCGCGGGCCUGGGGCUCUACGGAGACUUCGGGGCUGCGGCGGCGGCCGGGGUGUACGAACGGCCGAGCGCAGCAGCCGGCCGGCUGUACCACGAUCGCGGCCACGAGAUCCACGCGGACAAGAGCGUGGGCGUCAAGGUGGAGUCGGAGCUGCUGUGCACCCGCCUGCUGCUGGGCGGCGGCUCCUACAAAUGCAUCAAAUGCAGCAAGGUGUUCUCCACCCCGCACGGGCUGGAGGUGCACGUGCGCCGGUCCCACAGCGGCACGAGACCAUUUGCGUGCGAGAUGUGCGGCAAGACCUUCGGGCACGCGGUGAGCCUGGAGCAGCACAAGGCCGUGCACUCUCAGGAACGAAGCUUUGACUGUAAGAUCUGCGGCAAGAGCUUCAAGAGGUCGUCCACGCUGUCCACACACCUGCUCAUUCACUCGGACACGCGGCCCUACCCCUGUCAGUACUGUGGCAAGAGGUUCCACCAGAAGUCAGACAUGAAGAAACACACCUUCAUCCACACAGGUGAGAAGCCCCACAAAUGCCAGGUGUGUGGCAAAGCAUUCAGUCAGAGCUCCAACCUCAUCACUCACAGCAGGAAGCACACGGGGUUCAAGCCCUUUGGCUGUGACCUGUGUGGGAAGGGCUUCCAGAGGAAGGUGGACCUCAGGAGGCACCGGGAGACUCAGCAUGGACUCAAAUGAGCCCCUUGGCCGUCUGCGAUGCCAGCUGUGAACACUACUGCGGAGGAUGCCUUUCCUGCCUGCCUCCAGCCCAUUCUGAGUCCAGUGUGCAAAGGCUAUUCCCCUUCCCUUCUUUCCCAAAGCUGCUGGAGGAGAUGAACUCCCUUUUCAAAGGUCAGCCCGGAGUGGGAACCACAGCAAUUGUCUGGGCUCCAGCUGAAGAUGGGGAUCAGAUGUAAUCUGUACCUUCCAGUCCUUCCCCCUUCUGCCCUGUCUCACAGGCAGGAGAGACCUCUGGGCAGCUCCUAAAAGCAGGCAUCACCUCUUAGACUUUGGACACUGGCUGAUGCUUUUCUUAGAAAGAACGAGCAUCAUUCUUCUUCUGGGGAGCCUGCUGACCCCUUUCUUCGCUUCAGACACUGGUUUAGCAAAGGGGCUGCAUUCCUUUGAGAUCACCAGAUGCACCAUCAAGCUUGUCAGAAGGUGGACUUGGUGCGGUCCUCUGAGGUGCCAUCAGAGGAGGCGGGACUGUGCGCCGCGCCGGCUCCUGGGGACAAGCUGCCCUUUGUUUACUCAGCAAGUGUUUAUUGACCACAAGUUAUCAGAGUAAGGAGCCAUGCCAGGUACUGGGGAGCCAGAGAUUAAAGUCACCGCCCCUGCCCCUCAAAAUCUUUAAAGUCACCGCCCUUGACCCUCAAAAUCUUUAAAGUCACUGCCCCUGCCCCUCAGUGGGACCUCAGAGAGCUAGAGCCUGUGUUCUCUGCCAAGGGAGUUCUGAAAAGGCCACACAAAUAUUCAGACUUCCUUUUUGACACGUUUGGAGCUUUUCAAGUGUAAAGAGCAACUGGAGGGCUAUUUCAAAAAUUCAUGAGCAAAUCCAGUUUUUAUUAAGUGGAUAUUUUAUAAGAUGCCCAGGCUGGUAGAUGUGGGGCAAAGGCUAUGGCCUCAACUCCUGCUCCUGAGUACCAUCUAGCAAAAAAGCAUUUCUACCGAGAAAGUUGUAAAUAUUUCUAAAUCUUCUUGAGUGCAUUAUGUAUGUUAGAUCAUAUUUAUUAGAAUGUUGUUUUAACUUAAUAAAACAUUAAGACUA